GUAGCCCUUGGAAGUAAUGGCGACCCAGACGUAAACAUACCGAGUCUUCGCACCGGGAAGGGAGUUCAAUAUUAUUUUUUACCACCAGUGGCUCCCUGAAUUCCUUAUCAGCCGAAUAAGAUGGCAAGCAUAAAUGGAUUACGACUGCUGUGCAGGGGAAUGGCCUCCGUGUCGCUGAGGACACAAGUUCAGUCCUUAGUAGGAGGCACGCCAGCUUGUGGCCCGCUUGUGGAACAAGUAAGGAAACUAAAUGUACAUUAUGUUGACCGACCUGCUCCUGGUGACAGGAAGAACUACAGGUUCAAGGUACAUUAUCCUGAAGAUGGUCAAUACACUGUCAAGCCACUGAAAGCCACAAAACUUGCUGGGCGUCACCCUGAAACAGGGCGUAUCAUUGUGGGAACACUUGGAGGAGGAGCGAAGAGGAAUUAUAGGUGGAUUGAUUGGUUCAGGACUGGCCCCAAAGAUGGAACCUUUUUAGAAGAAAGAGUUGUUCUGAUUCUGUACGACCCAAAUCGUUCAUCUCGCAUUGCUCUUGUUGGGAAUGGUGAUAAUCUCAGGUACAUCCUUGCUACUGAGAAUAUGAAGGUUGGAGAUCUUAUUAAAACCUCGUCUUAUAUACCACGUAUCCCAGUGAGACCAAAGGAAGGUGAUGCAUAUCCUGUAGGAGCAUUACCUAUGGGGACAAUUGUAAAUAGUGUGGAGGUCUUUCCGGGUGAUGGGGCUCGGAUGGUGAAAGCAGCAGGUACAGGUGGACUGCUCAUGAGGAAACUUAGUAAUAAGGUGAUCUUACAGUUGCCUUCAAAGAGAGAAGUUGCUCUUGAUCCUGAGUGUAUGGCUACUGUUGGCCGAUUAUCAAACAUAGACCAUGGGAAUAAACAUGUGGGCUCUGCACAGAGAAGGCGUUGGUUAGGCAGGCGUCCAGCAUCUGGUCUGUGGCAAAGGAAGACUGGCUACAAUGGCAGAAAGAUCCGACCACUACCACCAGUGAAGGAGUACCGUGCCAAGACCCAAGAGACACCUCUCAUGAAAUUUACGUUACAUGGAGAGGGACCAACCAGACCUGUUAUUCCAAGCACCAACAGGGUUACUUAAAUAGUCUUGCGGUUUCAGUUGAAAAAUGUAUAUAUGUAUAGUGUGAAAGUGUUCCUGUUACAUUGACAAAUAAAGGAAAUAUUAAGAA